CAUUUCAGAGUAACAAGAAAAUUUCUGGCUUUAAACUUUAUUCCAGUGAUCGCCAAGACUAAACACAACUAUUGAUAAAUACAAAAUGUCCUAUUCAAGUCGUGGUUUCGAUUUUUAUUUGCCCACGGGCGGCUGGUGCAAUCCAAAAGACGAUUUAUACUUUCGUCGCAGCGUUGAGUGGGUGCCCAUACGCAGCGCGGGUGUCGGGCGCUCCUUUGCCAAAACUAACGGUGCCAUUUAUCCUCGCGUUAUUGGGAUGCUGCCCCAUUAUGGCGGCCAUGUGCCGGGCGAAAUUUUUAAAGUGGGCCACACGUUUGGCCGAUCCACUAUCGACGCUAAACGCUGGCUAGCCCUGCACCACGAUUAAAUAUUGCUUGCAUUGCACCAAUAAAUACAGAAAUGAAAACACAAAAUUUGCGCUUAAUCAAGCACGUUCAA